UCGGGGCUGGUGCAGGGCAGAGGGGGUGUUCUGCAGGGUCAAAAAUACACAGGAGCUGCAAAUCAGAGACCUCAGCAGACCUGCGCAACUUUUCUAACAAGCACAGUUUUUUUUUUAUUUUUGUUUUUUUUGUUUUUACUACUUUUGAUUUAAACCCUGGUCGCUGCAAAGAUGACCACAGCCGUGGUGUCGCCUUUCUUCGACUUCGAAGUAAUGAACAAGAACAACAAACUGCUCAGCUACAACAACAACUUGGGUGCCCCCCAUCCCAUGUCUGUCCCUUGCACUGGCACUAAUGUGCCCAUCUCCAGCCCCGCCGGAGCCCUGCUGGACAGGAAGGCGGUGGGAUCUCCCUCAGUGGGAGGCGUGUACCAGCGGCGGCACUCUGUCAGCAGCACAAAGUUCAGCCAGAACCAGUUUCUGAACAGCCUGAAGGCAGCGGACCACUCCUCGCUCAUCUCAGGGGUUGGCAACAAAGAGAACCGCAUGCGAGACCGCUCCUUUUCUGAGACGGGAGAGAGGCCCCUCAACAAGUGUCUGGGCCCUGCCAGUCCCACCAGUGGCGGCAGCCAAGUGAACUCCAGCCGUUACAAGACGGAGCUUUGCAGGCCCUUCGAGGAGAAUGGCUCCUGCAAGUAUGGAGACAAAUGCCAGUUUGCUCACGGAAUCCAUGAACUUCGCAGCCUGAGCCGCCAUCCCAAAUACAAAACUGAGCUGUGCCGCACCUUCCACACCAUCGGUUUCUGCCCAUACGGGCCUCGCUGCCAUUUCAUCCACAAUGCUGAGGAGCGCCGUGGACCUCCCCAGCAGUGCUCCCCUCUUAACUCCUCCAACAGGAUGGAGAAGCCUCGACUGCAGCACAGCUACAGCUUUGCAGGCUUCUCCAGCUCAGCUGGGCUGAGAGACAGCCCCACCUCGGUCACCCCUCCACCCAUGUUCUUCCCUGAUGAGGUCCCCGACUGGCCCAGCAGUAACCCCUUCACCUACUCCAGCCAGGAGCUGGCCAACCUGUUCGGGCCCAGCCUCAGUGCUGGUCCUGUAGGCACAGAGCCCAACACCCCUGCACCUCCCUCUCCAACAAGCACGCCUUACUAUUUCAGACCCAUGUUGGAGUCCCCUCAGAUGUUCGAGUCUCCAUCCAGCCCUCCCGACUCUCUGUCAGACCAAGAGGGCUAUCAGAGCAGCUCUGGAGGCAGCCUUAGUGGCUCUGAGUCCCCCACGCUGGAUACCACCCGCCGCCUUCCCAUCUUCAGCCGCCUUUCCAUCUCUGAUGACUAGACUGCACGCACCCACCAGUGACUUUACGUUCGAUGACACAAAGAGAACACGGCACUCCCCUCUACCUCUGCCCUUUUCCUUUGCUUCCCUGACACAACACCGUGUUAGUUCCUUGUUAGCAUUGUAAGGAUGUAAUCAAUUAAGGGAACUCUCAGCUCAAAUUCAUCAUUUCACCCCGUAAAUCCGCACAGCAAGUUUUAAAAAGUACCCUGCCAUGUGUCAUAGUGCCAAAAAAAAGGAGAGGAAAUUGAACAAUGAAAAUCACGAGAACAAGAAUUGACUGUUUUGCCAGGUGCCACUUGUUAUUUUUUUUUCUUUCAUUCUUCUUUAUUUGUUCUUGAAUGUGUAGCAGCACAAGUGGCCUUGGAAAGGGGAGUGCAUUGCACU